AUGGACGGUGACCCGGCUGUUGAGCCCGAGAUCGACUCCUUCAGUCUCGUGCUCCCACUCCCUUACCGGGUUGCCAUUAUAAUUGUCUUUGGAAUAUGGGCUUGGGGAUUGAACCUGCACUACCUGCACCUGAUCAAGAUUGAUGUGCCAGCACUCAUUCGAUAUCCCGCGCGUCAAUCGCACCACCACAGUCUUCACCACCAGUCGACGUACCGGCUCGCGACGAUCCUGACGGUGCCUUUGGUCUCGUCGCUGUUUUUGUACUGGACAGUGACUCGAGGCUCCAAGCGCGCCGCUCUCUCCUGGCAGAUCCUCCCGCAGUCCUACCUUCUCUUCCUGGCGUUAUGUUUCGUCCUCCCGCUCAAGCGCAUGUCGAGUUCCGGGCGUCUACAUUUCCUGCGCACAUUGAAGCGGAUCAGUCUGGGCGGAUUGGCAGAAGUGCAGGACGGGAAGUUCGGCGAUAUUCUGCUGGCGGAUGUUCUUACGAGCUAUGCAAAAGUGUUGGGGGAUCUGUUUGUGUCGACGUGCAUGCUCUUCUCCAGAAACACCGUCAGCACGGCGAAACCUAACCGGGGAUGUGGCGGCGCAUAUCUGGUUCCUUUGAUCAUCAGCAUUCCCAGCAUGAUUCGGCUGCGACAAUGUCUGAUCGAGUUUCGUCGCAUUCGGAGGAAUCGCUCGGUCUCGACGGGCUGGGGAGGCCAGCAUCUGGCCAACGCGCUCAAAUACGCCAGUGCGUUUCCGGUCAUCGUUUUGAGCGCUUUGCAACGAGGUUAUGAUACCCAAAAGUUUCACAUGAGCGAGGCCGGACUGUUUAGACUAUGGCUGCUUUUCGUUUUCGUCAAUUCCUUUUAUUCCUUUUACUGGGACGUGGCCAAGGAUUGGGAUCUGUCGCUGUUCUCCUCGAGCAAGGAGAGGAACGAUCCCGAACAUCCUUACGGCCUGCGCCGGCACAGGUAUUUCCAUGCCAAGCAGGUCUACUAUUCCGCUAUCAUCGUAGAUCUGGUCCUACGGUGUACCUGGAGCCUCAAGCUGUCGCCGCAUUUGGAUCACUUCAACGAUCUGGAAGGGGGAAUCUUCGUGAUGGAGUUGUUGGAGGUCAUUCGCCGAUGGAUUUGGAUCUUUUUGAGGAUUGAGACUGAAUGGGUGCGGAACAACCGUGGGCCGGCACCAGAUGACAUUCUGUUGGGAGAGUUUGCUGGCAAGAUAGACGACGACUGA